UCUAUAGGCUUGUUCGUUCUUCGACCGUCUGUGGUAUGUUGCAUUUCCUAAAAUCGAGGAAAGCUGCCCUGCUGGUCAGCGUCGUUCUGAUCAGUCUGCUUCUACGCGCUUACACCAGCAGAUCUUUGCAGAACUCCAUGUCAAGGCGCUUUGGCAAUGACAGAGCUAAUCAUCAUACUGAUGAUGAAAUACACACCAAUGGCAAUCAGUCACCAUUGAAACCGGCUGUGCGCAGUUAUACCGGCACGAUAAAGUCAAGAGCCAGCUGUGAUAAGAUAACUCAGCAACAUGGGCGACUGACCUGCGACAAAUGGGUGGUAGUUACGACAAUUUUCAAUUUAACCGACGCUGUCAAGGACAUGCUGAAGAUGCCAAAGUGGUGCCUGGUGCUGGUCGGUGACAAGAAGGGCCCAAAAGAGGUUCCGCCAAUGCCCAAUCUUGUCUUUCUCGACGCGGCCUGGCAGGAGCGGUGUCCGUACCACAUCUGCCAACAUCUGCCCUGGAAUCAAUUCUCCCGAAAGAACAUCGGCUUCAUGUACGCCGUGGCUAACGGGGCCAAGUGGAUCUACGACACCGACGAUGAUAACUUCCCCAAGUUUCCUAAAUCUGAGCCGCUCAUGGAUGCUUCCAUUAAAUUCGAUCUAAUACAGGUCGCUGGACACGUGUACAAUCCCUACAUUCCAUACAUCAAACCCAACAUCACUUUCUGGCCGAGAGGAUUGCCGCUGGACAAAAUCAAAGAUUCCAACACGAAAAGUAUGAAAGUGAUCGGUGCCGUCAAGCCGGAGAAGGUGGCAGUGAUCAACUUCCUAGCCCAAACCGACCCAGAUGUGGACGCUAUCUAUAGGCUAACACAGAAAAUUCCAUUUCAGUUUGAGAGAGUAGAGAAAUAUUACGCACUACCGCAUUACGUCAUGUCGCCCUACAACGCCCAGGCAACGAUGCAUUCUCAGUUCGCCUUCUGGGGUCUGCUGCUCCCGGCAAGCGUAGACAUGCGCGUCACAGAUAUAUGGCGGGCGUAUUUCACUCAACGGUUGGUCUGGGACACUGAUGGUCACAUCGCUUUCGGUCCGCCAUACGUCAAUCAAAUCCGUAACGUGCAUUCGUAUAUGGUCGAUUUUCACAACGAAAUGGAUGUCUACUAUAAAACAAGUCGACUGAUCAAAUUCCUGGUCAACUGGAUACCGAAAACUGUUUCGUUGGCGCAGAACAUGAUCGACCUUUACAUAGAACUCUACCAGAUCGAUAUUAUCGGGCGGGCAGAUAUCGAUUUAGCCAUGGCUUGGAUACGUGAUCUGGAAUGUGUCGGCUAUACUUUUCCGCCAGUGAAAGUUGCUAAAGACUUCGUGUACUUGAUACAAGGCCCAAGCGUCAUAAUGAACCCUGGCCUGGUAUCUAACUCAAACCGAGAUGUUCUUUGGCUGACAUACAAGACGGACUCCGGCGACCUUUACCGACCGGAUAGCACAUGGACCACUGGGAGGAAUCUUCAGCUGGAGCAUGCCGUUGAACGUGGGAGUCGAAUGUCAAAGAAGGGUUAUCAGUAUUUUAUCUUUCUCGACGACGACGUCACGGUAUCGUUCAGGUAUAAGAAUCGACGUUGGAAGGGAAAAGGUGGAUGUGACGGUGACGACGUUUGGAUCUGCUUCGAAGAGUUCCUGCUCGCGCACGAGCCAGCAGUGAGCUUUCCGACUUACUUCACCCAUCACGUCAACGAGACGUCACUCGUUAAUCUGAACUACUACUACGAUAUGUGCUUAGUGGCUUACCACCGCGACACACUGUCUCUCCUUCUGCCAUACAUUAGUGUCUUCGAGUAUAAGUCUUGGUGGGCUUCUACUACUCUUAAUAAUGCCCUGACCAAUGUGUUGUAUAGUUCAAGCAGGUAUCAGUGCAAUUUCCUUCUAACUACCAAUACGAGGACCGAUUAUAGUCCCAAAUAUAAAAUUGAUCGCAACCGAGUUGAAACAUUACAGUACUUGCUUUCGGCCUUUAGGCCAGAUAUCGACGGAAAACAAAAUCCACUCUUAAAAUUUGUCUCGGCGAACCGUCCAAAGAUCUCACCCGGCCAGCCUAAAUUAAAAAAGGAUAAAAGCUACAUAGUGGACUAUGCGUUCGUUAAAAAGUAUUUCAAAAUCGAACACGAUUUCACGCAGAAUAAACUGACCAAAUGGCUGAACAAGCCCGCGCUGAAAACUAUUCUCUUUGGGGGAAGGGACUUUACAGAAUUUGACAAUGCAUUCAAACCUAAUUAUUCAAUUAUGAAAUGAUAGCGCCAUAAAGUGAAAAAUCUGCUAACGACAGGAAAUUAGGGAUAGAUUCACUUGGUACCGUAUCGUCUCAUUCUAGUAUUAGAUGGGCUACAGGGGACAUGAUGUGGGGUACCUGGGAAUGAGGAAGGUGAAGGCAGAGUAGUUCUCCUCAAAAUAAUCAUACAUUUCAAUAUUUGUGCGGUGUUUUUUUCUCUUUACUUCGUAUUCAUAUAGCUCAGUCAGUUAACAAAGAAUGUUUAUAGCUGAGUUUAACGUUGCUUGAAUAGUCCUUUUGAAUUUUUUUCGAAUCGAGCUCAAAAAGAAAUCGUUUUUUGGCGAAACCAGCCCCAGUGGUAGAUGCUUUCGACCACUUGGUCUAAAAUGGCAGGCCGGUAAAUCAGCUCCAGACGUAACAAGCAGGCUGUCACAAGCAAGGAGAACCUCGCUGAUGGGAAUCGGCUUUCCUGGUAAUAAUGGUCUUGAUCCGGCUGCAAAUCAGAAACUGUACGAUACUUUUGUUAUCCCCAGAAUGCUUUAUGGUUUGGAGGCCACUAACAUCUCAGCUGCUCAGUUAGAGACACUGGAUAAAUGCCAUCGAACUAUUCUUCGCAGAAUACAGGGACUACCGGAAAACACCGCCAUGGCGGCUGUCUACCUCUUGAUCGGGGCACUCCCUGUAACCGCCAUGCUCCAUAUUCGCCAAUUGUCCCUUUUCGGGGCAAUCACGCGGCUAGAGACAGAUAACCCUAUACAGAAGGUCGCUCUGAGACAGCUGGUCCUGAAAUAAGACUCGUCGAAAAGUUGGUUUGUGCAAGUCAGCAAUAAAGCGGGAACCCAAUUAUAUAUCGAUGGCCAAAAUCCUGCUGGCGCGAUCAUGUAACUGUUACCAUGUAUUAAGGGGUUAAAGUGUCUAGGCCUAGUUAUUCUAGUAUAGUUAUACCUUCUAGGCCUAUGGGGCUUUGUUAUGUUAAUCUUUCAGGGAAUGUAGGCCUUUGGCACUACAGAUCAAUGCCAUUUUCUCCCUGUCUGUCCCUGUGACAACAUAGUAAUAUUAUGGUUUUCAUUUACACAGGUUAGUGCAGUGUUGUAUUAUUUUGUACAUUUUCAUCUUUCCCCAUUUUGUAUCAUCUAUGCCAUUUUCUCCCUGUCUGUCCCUGUGACAACAUUUAUAGUAAUAUUAUUUUCAUUU